GAGGCGCUAUGUCGACAGUUCAACCCUCUGUCAUGUGACACCAACUCUAGCUCUCACUUCCGGUCAUGCGUGUUAAAAAAAAAAGUUGGACGAAAAUCUCAGGCAAGUUUCCCCCUUGCAGGAGUUUCCACAGCAGAAGCCACAUCGAAUUAACGGAACAUUUAGUGCGUAUUUCGUGGAUUUGGAAGUGAAGUGGAAUCGUUUCGCAUUUGGGUGGGAAUUUGUUUAAAAGCGGAACAUGUCGACGAACGCUUUGUACAACGACCAAGGAGGAGCAGAGGCUGCGGUGGAGGCUGGCCAGGAGAGCACCCUGGCUGCUACCACCAGUGCAGCUUUCGGGCUUUUCAGCGCUGACUUCAAAAAGAAUGAAGAUCUCAAAGAAAUGCUGGAGAGCAACAAGGAGUCGCUGAAACUGGAGGCCAUGAAAAGGAUCGUCGGGCUGAUCGCCAAAGGAAAGAAUGCAUCUGAGCUGUUCCCUGCCGUGGUGAAGAAUGUGGCGAGUAAGAACAUUGAGCUGAAGAAGCUGGUGUACGUGUACCUGGUGAGGUAUGCCGAGGAGCAGCAGGACCUGGCUCUGCUCUCCAUCAGCACCUUCCAACGGGCUCUCAAGGAUCCAAACCAGCUCAUCCGGGCCAGCGCUUUGAGGGUCCUAUCCAGCAUCCGGGUGCCCAUCAUCGUCCCCAUCAUGAUGCUGGCCAUCAAGGAGGCUGCGUCGGACUUGUCACCCUACGUGAGGAAGACGUCGGCCCACGCUAUCCAGAAGCUUUACAGCCUCGAUCCCGAGCAGAAGGAGCAGCUGAUUGAAGUGAUCGAGAAACUGCUGAAGGACAAAAGCACACUGGUGGCAGGAAGCGUGGUGAUGGCCUUCGAGGAGGUGUGCCCGGAUCGCAUCGACCUGAUCCACAAGAACUACCGUAAGCUGUGCAACCUGCUGGUGGACGUGGAGGAGUGGGGGCAGGUGGUCAUCAUCUCCAUGCUGACACGUUACGCCCGGACGCAGUUCACCAGUCCCUGGCAGGAGGGCGCCGUGUUUGAUGAAAACGACGUGAAGACCUUCUACGACUCGGACUCAGAGGAGAAACGGUGCCAGAUGGACGCCAAGCCUUACGUCAUGGACCCGGAUCACCGGCUACUGCUCAGGAACACCAAACCUCUGCUGCAGAGCCGCAACACGGCGGUGGUGAUGUCUGUGGCUCAGCUCUACUGGCACCUGGCACCCAAACAGGAAGUCGGCAUAGUCACCAAGUCGCUGGUGCGGCUGCUGAGAAGCCACAGGGAGGUGCAGUACGUGGUCCUCCAGAACAUCGCCACCAUGUCCAUUCAGAGGAAGGGGAUGUUUGAGCCCUUCAUGAAGAGCUUCUAUGUCAGAUCCACAGACACCACACACAUCAAAACACUGAAGUUAGAGAUUCUGACCAACCUGGCAAAUGAGGCCAACAUCUCCACCAUCCUCAGGGAGUUUCAGACGUACGUGAAGAGCCAGGACAAGGCCUUUGCAGCGGCCACCAUCCAAGCCAUCGGCCGCUGCGCCACCAACAUCUCGGAGGUGACAGACACUUGCCUCAACGGCCUGGUGCUGCUGCUGUCCAACAGAGAUGAGGGCGUGGUGGCGGAGAGCGUGGUGGUGAUCCGGAAGCUGCUGCAGACCCAGCCCAACCAGCACAGCGAGAUCAUCAAGCACAUGGCCAAGCUUUUUGACAAAAUCACCGUGUCCACGGCCCGGGCCAGCAUCCUGUGGCUGAUGGGCGAGUACUGCGAGAGGGUGCCCAAGAUAGCACCUGACGUGCUGCGGAAGAUCGCAAAAACCUUCACUGUGGAGGACGACAUCGUGAAGCUGCAGGCCGUCAACCUGGCAGCCAAGCUGUACCUGACCAACUCCAAGCAGACCAAGCUGCUGACCCAAUACAUCCUCAAUCUGGGCAAGUACGACCAGAACUACGACAUCAGGGAUCGCACUCGCUUUAUACGGCAGCUGAUCGUGCCCGGCGACAAGAGCGGCGCCCUCAACAAAUACGCCCGCCGGAUCCUGUUGGCGCCCAAACCGGCCCCGGUGCUGGAAUCGGCCUUCAAAGAUCGAGAUCGUUACCAGCUUGGAACGCUGUCUCACAGCCUGAACAGCAAAGCCACCGGCUACCACGAGCUCUCGGACUGGCCGGCUGUAGCGCCCGACCAGUCUGUGAGGAACGUGGAGGUCAUCGAGCCAGUGAACGAGUGGGCGCCGCUCGUCGGGAAGUCCAAGCCACCAGAAUCGGAUGACAAGUUCUACUCUGAUGAGGACGACAAAAAGGAGGAAGCAUCUGAUGGCGGCGGCGGCAGCAGCAGCAGUACUAGUAGUACUAGCAGUAGUACGAGCAGCAGCGGUAGCAGCAGCAGCAGCAGCGAAGAGUCUGGCAGCGCCAGCGAGGACGAUAGCGGCAGCAGCGACGAGUCCGACAAGAGCUCCACUGAUUCCGGGAAGAGUUCAGGUCAAUCCAGCGACUCUGAGUCGGAACAAAAGAAGAAGAUGGCGACGAGGAAGAAAAAGACCAAGAAAGUGCAGGCAGAGAAACAAAAACACAAUCAGGCUGACAGCGACUCUGAUGGAAACGCAGACGAACCCAUGGCCGAAGAGAGCGGCUCGUCAGUCGAAAGCGCCACAUCUGAGAGCGACUCUGACUCUGAACCGGACUCGACAGCGAAGCAGAAGAGAGAGAACAAUGUCAAGUCCAAACCCAAGGUGGAGAAGUCCAAGAUGGAGGUGUCCUUACUGGAUCUGGACGACUUUUCUCCAACUCCCUCAAACACACCAAAGUCUUCGUUGGUCUCUCCCAGCUUGCUGUCCGACCUGGAAGGUCUAUCUCUCUCCGGCAUCUCCACCACCAUGCAGGUGGCAACCCCGACUUUCGGGCCGGUGAAAUCCUUGGAGCUGCUCCACCACAUGACGGGGAAAGGCCUGUCCGCCAAGUACCAUUUCCCCAGGCAGCCCUGCCUGCACCGGCCCAGCAUGGUGGCGGUGCAGGUCACGCUGACCAACUGCUCAGACCGCAGCCUGGAGGAGAUCCACAUCGGGGAGAGGAGCCCCGCCAGCCUUCAAAUUCACUGUUUCAACACCGUGGAGCGCUUGGAGCCGGAGGCCUCCGUGACGGUUUCUAUGGCCGUCGACUUCAGCGACUCCACACAGGCGGCCAACUUCGAGCUGUGCACCAAGGAGGACCGCUUUGGCGUUUCCAUCCAGCCUGCCGUCGGGGAGCUGCUGAUGCCCUGCAGCCUGACCCAGCAGGACUUCUGUGAGGAGCAAGGUAAGCUCCUGGGCAUGAACGAGACCUCUGCGACCAUCGCCAUGGCAACGUCCAACAUCUCCAGCCAGGCCGUCACCAAGCGGGUCCUGUCGGUGGCCAACGUGGGCGUGGUGGUCUCCUCGGAGAGCCACCUGUACAGGUUUGUGGGUCGGACGGUGAGCAGCCAGGUCCUGGUCCUGGUCCAGCUGGAGCUGAAGGACCCGUCCGGCGGCCUACUGACCAUCAGUACGGAGAAGAGCGUCAUGGCGUCCAUGCUGCUCCGAGACCUCAAACAAGCGCUGACUCAGGCGUAGACAGGCAACGCUCAUAGAUACUCUUUUCAUUCCUUUUUUUCACUCCUGCACUUCAGGGUGCACACAAGCUGGUCCCAGACAAAUUCAUCAUCAUUAUUAUUGUUGUUAUUAUUAUUAUUAUUAUGGUCUGUCACUGUCAACUGGAAAAAACUUUCUGGUACAUUUUCCCUUCAUUUCAGGACUUUGGUACCGAUUAGACUUCCUUAAGGUGCCAACCAGCAGCACUCAUUAAAAAAAAAAAAAAGACAACAUUUGUUGAAACAUUUGACUUAUCGCGCCUCCUUUCGACUCGAACACCCGCCAGAGCAAGCCGAGUGACGUAUGGACAUAGAAAAGUCAAAACGAGAUUGCAGCGCAGUCAUUCCUUUUCAUCCAAACCCGAGACGUACGCUCCCGUGUUUCCUUUUAGGUGCACGAGCGCACGCCGGCGUCAUGCUGAUGGGAAGUUUUGGUCCCCGGCAAGCCAGGCUAAC